UUUUUCUUUUAAAGCUACCUCAGAUGCGAGAGACCUAGGCUGUAAGAUUUGAGCCCUUGAACUCCAUGGCAUACUCAUCCUCCCACAGCGACAAUACUGACACAGAGGACUGCAGUUCAGAAUCUAAUCUGAGCCUCUCUGUGGGCUAUUUCCCCUGUGAGGACACCUACUAUGAGGACACAACCCCCCAUGAAGACACGCCCUCUGAGAGUCCUUCAUUUCAACUCCUCCCUCCUAUCCAAGGAAUGUGGAGGACUGAAAGUACACUGAGACCCAUGGGGAGACGAGACCAAAUUCAGGAUGACCCAGAGCAGUUUUGCAAACUAAGCAUCACCCUGGCCUGGGAUGUUGAUGUGGGCUCUAACAAUUCAGACUCAAUAGCUAAUUGGGAUUUAAAUGGACACAACCAGUGGAUGGACAAGUAUCCAGAAAAGAAGACAGAACUGACUCUCAGCAAACUGGACGGUCUCGUGCAAAAGCUUGAGAAAUUUCUGGAAAAUGAGAAAGACGAUGAAGACAGUGAUUCUAUUUUCCAUGAAUCUACUCAGGAGGAAGAUUUCCAGCUAUCCAGCAGUUCCCCUCCAGAUAUGGCUCAGAUCAGUCAUCAAAAACAUAGUUCUUGUCAAGACUUGCCCAACUUGAAAUCAUCAGAAAAUAAAGACGUCACCCAGUUUCCACAGAUUCCUCUCAGGCUUCAGGAACAGGCAGUCAUUGAGAAGGCAGCCAAGUAUAGCCCAUUAGACUCCCCAUGCAGCAAUAUGGUUUUGGUUAAACUUCUGGAAGCAAGUGAACUUCUGAGGCUCAUCUCGUACUGA